GUGCCCACUGUGCAUGAGCGAGAAGUGCUGCACUUUGUGAAUGGCCCUGUAGUCUUCGGGGUCCUGUCACGUGUCCCACAAGACUCCGCUUCCCUCCCUCUGCUCCCCAAAGGUCCGCAGUCUCUGGCCGUCCCCUGUACUAUGUCCGCAGUCUCUGGUCAUCUCUUGUACUGUGUAUCCAGUCUCUGGUCGUCCCCUUUAAUAUGUCCACAGUCUCUGGUCAACCCCUAUACUAUGUCCGCAGUCUCUGGUCAUCCCCUGUACUAUGUCCGCAGU